CAUACGUAUGCGCAUACAUAGGUCGAACAAGUUCCUAGGAUUAUCGCAUAGCACGCACACAAUUUUGCUUUGCAAGUUUUGCAAAUGAAAUAAUUUUGAUUUGUUUCUCCGCGCGCUGCUCUCUUUUAUCGUUAUCCUGUUUCCCAAAUUUUUUUUACAUCACACUUUCGAAUGUUUGGUGAAAUAUUGGAAUUAAAAACUAUCAACACAAAAAUAUAUAUCGCAAUUCUCUCGACAUACGACUUAAAAAUUUAACGAAUCACAGUUGUGAAACUUGCGUCGUGAAAAUCGUGCAACCAACUUUAGGCUUGAGGUAAUGUGCAGUUUAAGUUUGCUGAAGGCUUCAUAUAUGGGCACACAACGGAACGGAGUAUGAUUGAUUGUGAGAUUACAUCUGCGCUGCGUCCCAUGACAUCAUCAGCCAUGAGUUCCCAUUGACUUCCUCUGGAAUACUGCCGAAUUUACGCGCGAUUACGGCGCGUCCAACCUUUCUCGUCAAUUCUAGUUUGUAUCAUGGCCCUACGUCGUGGAAAACGCAAUCUGAAAUUGCAGGUCUCCGACGAAACGCCUGCACCAGUGACACCACCAAGAAAUUUAGACAAACGCACUACCAUUACUAUAGAUGAAAAGACGUUUGUUGUAGAAGCGGAUGAUUUAGAAACACUUUGUGUACUUGGUCGUGGAGCAUAUGGGAUUGUCGAUAAAAUGCGACACAAACAGAGUGGCACAAUUAUGGCUGUUAAGAGGAUAGCUGCUACCGUUAAUACGCAAGAGCAAAAGCGAUUGCUCAUGGAUUUAGAUAUUUCCAUGCGUAGCUCGGCAUGUCCCUAUACAGUACAAUUCUAUGGAGCCUUAUUUCGAGAGGGAGAUGUAUGGAUAUGCAUGGAAGUGAUGGAUAUGAGCCUUGAUAAAUUUUAUACAAAAGUGUAUAAACAUGGUCGUGCCAUUCCUGAAGAUAUUUUAGGAAAAGUGGCUUUUGCGGUAGUAAGUGCGUUACAUUACCUCUACUCGCAAUUACGGGUGAUCCAUAGAGAUGUAAAGCCUAGUAAUAUCUUAAUUAAUCGGAAAGGUGAGGUAAAAAUUUGCGACUUUGGUAUAUCGGGUUACCUUGUGGAUUCGGUUGCCAAGACUAUCGACGCUGGAUGCAAACCGUAUAUGGCUCCAGAAAGGAUAGACCCAUCGGGUAACCCAUCGCAAUAUGAUAUCAGAUCUGAUGUCUGGUCGUUAGGAAUUUCCCUUGUUGAAUUAGCAACUGGUAAAUUUCCAUACGAGUCAUGGGGUACGCCAUUCGAGCAAUUGAAACAGGUAGUGAAAGAUGAAGCCCCGAAAUUACCUGCCGGCAAGUUCUCUCCUUCGUUUGAGGAAUUUAUCAAUAAGUGUCUGAUGAAGAAUUACACUGCCCGCCCAAAUUACAGUCAAUUGCUGGAACUCGACUUUAUCAGAGAAUAUGCCCAAAAAGAUACGAAUGUAGCCGAAUUUGUCGGAGAGAUUUUAGACUUGCCAGAAAAUGAGCAACCGAUAUAGUGCAUACGUCACUUUGACAUAGCUUGCAAUAUAAUUUGACUUAUAAUUUGUAUUUUUGCAAGACAGUCACACGAGAUGCAGGCAUUGUCAUAUGUAAUUUAUAUUAUCAGAUAACGUUUGAUCAUUGUGUAUCGAGAUACAACUGGUACUCAAUGGUUUAUUCUUUAUUUAUCAUCCUCGUCAGUAAUUUUUUAAUCGCAUCUGGUCUACAUACAAUUGUAGCAUUUACAAGUUUGGCCUGAAAAUGAUUGUUGUUACUUUGAUAUAAUAAUCUUGUCACGCAUGGAAGCAAACACAGAAAAUAAUACGCACAUGUUUUUCUAUAUGAUGAAAAGCGAUAUAAGUUAACAUUCGUGGCAUUGUGGUAAUAAUAAAAAAAAAUUGAAUAAACUCGUAAUUAUGCCUUGUUGAGGUACAUGCGCGCAUCUUGAAAAAAAUAACAUAAGUUAGAAGACCAAUUUAUUGUAACGCUAGAUUGUACAUAGUAAUCAAAUGUGCGUAAACGAAAUUGUAUUUCUUUAGAAAACAGCUCCAUUUAUUAGCAAUCAGUUGCAACGAUUAUAUUAGUGAUAGAAAUUGAAUUUGACAACGAAUGUCGUAUAUAUACAUACGCCUAAGUAGAAUUUACACACACACACACACACACGUGUUGAAGGAGUCGCCUUGUAAAAAAUCCUUGAUGUUUUCCUUUUCUAGAUCCUGUGAUCUAGUAAUGUAAUAAAAAAAUUAAUCUAGAAUAAACGAUAAUUUAAAUAGAUAAAUGAUAA